CACCUUUGGAAGAAAUUCAGACAAAUCUUUACUUCUGAUAUUUUACGCAACGAAGAUAUUUACCACAUUUUACACCUGACUGAAAAUGGGCAGGUGGUACGUUGAGGACAGCGGCAGAUGGAAAUUAGCGGACACUACCCCCCCCGAGUAUGAGCAAGACAUUAGUGCAGGGACAGAGCUCUUGCAGGCAAGGAACGAUGCCUAUAUUACCGGCAUACACGAAUCGAACGGACAGAUACUCGCCAAGCUAGUCGUCAAAGGGGAGACCCAUUGUAUCUUGCUCGAGCCGGAUUUAUGGGAAUAUGAUCCGGAAGUGAAACGUCAGGUGAAGACGAUUUGGCGGGAAACACUUAUGCCAUGUACGGAAGCGGAAGUGAAUGGAACUCGGGACCGGCAUGAGCACAGGCACAGAGUCAGCGCAGCCAUGUACCUUGCCUUGGGCGCGCAAGCGAUGGCCAUUAGCGGGCGACAUCUGCAAAAUGGGAACGUUGUGACAGCUUCUUGGUUAUAUCCACUGUCAUUGUACUGGCUUCAGAAAGGGUUUAUGCACGGUAUCGACGCUGUCAUAGAUAUGCUGGGGCGCCGCAAUCAGGGAGGAUUGGAUCAGUGA